AUGAAGGUCGUUAUCUUCGGGUCCAGUGGCGAUCUUGCAAAAAGAAAGCUUUUUCCUGCACUCUCUCGGAUUGACUUGGAGGGUGUCGGGGUGGUUGGCUAUGCAAGGACCAAGUACAACAUCGAGUUUUCGGAAGUUCUUCAGGAGGUCGGGAACUACUCGCCGGAAUUUCUUUCGAAGGUCACCUACAUUCCAGGGCCCUACGAUGACCUUUCGAAGCUUAAAGAGGUCUCAGACUCGGAGACUGUGCUGUACUUUUCAGUUCCAUCCUCUGUGUACACUUGUUUAUUCAGAGAGAUAUCGAAGCUUGACUACAAGGUGAUUGGAGUCGAGAAGCCAUAUGGAGAUAGCAUUGAGUCGUUUAUGGAGAUAAAGGGGUUUGAUCUGGGGAAGACCAGGUUUAUUGACCACUAUCUUCUGAAGCCGCUUGUGGUGGCUAUGCCUGGGAUUAUAAGGGAGACGGGGGCGAUUCGAGAGGUGAUGAGCAACAGAUAUGUGAAGAGUGUUGAGAUAGUCUCGAAGGAAGUUCUUGGGGGAGAGGGAAGACACUACUUCGAUAAGAACGGAAUUAUAAGGGACAUGGUCCUGAGCCACAUGGGCGAGCUUCUUGGGGUUGUUGCGUCUGACGUAACAAAGCCAUCGAGGAUUAUGGAAGCAUUGGCGAGAAUGGAGGUUUUCAAGGCAUGCACCGUCGACACCGAGAGAUGCAUUUAUGGGCAGUAUGACGACUAUAUUAAGGAGAUUCACAAGGACUCGAGUACGGAGACGUUCUGCAUGGUUCCCAUAAGCAUAGGGACUCCCCGCUGGUCUAAGGUUCCCUUCAUCAUUGUUGCAGGGAAGGGGAUGAACGAAAAGAGAACAGAGAUAAUACUUGAGUUUCGAAGAGAUGUAUUUGCGAAGUGCAUUGAGCUGUUUUCUAUGCCGAGGCAAUCUUCGUGCAGGAUUGUUCACACCAACGAAAUAGAAACGGUUCGACUGGUCUUUAAUAUAUAUCCUGAAUGCGAAGUAUUUCUGGAAGUUCUCGUGGGAGGGGAGCCUGUCCGGUAUGUUCUGCAUGACAAGAAAGAGAUUGAUGGCCUGAUGCAUGACAGUUAUGGAGGAUACCAUGACUAUGAGAUCAUCUUUGACAGUCUUGUAAGAGGCAAGGACUUUAGCAGCGUGAGCUCUCAGGAGGCAGAGCUUCUGUGGAAGGUGUUUAACCCCAUACUAUCUAUUAGCAAAGAGGACAUGCUGUUCUACUAUUCUAAGGGAAUUGACAUGCCUAAGGAAGCUGAAGAAAUGAUCAGGGAAAUUAAAGACCAUUAG